AUGCCCGGCGUACUCACCCAGUCGACAUCCAAGGUCCCCGGCAAGAGAGUCUUGCAGGACACAACCCACUCGCGUCGAAACCAGCAAGCAUCGCCACAGAAGAGGAGGAAGCUUGAGGACUCGAAACCGGCGUUCAAGGGCACAGCGGCGAGGAAGGGACCAAAUGGCAGCUUUAUUGGCUCAAGCCAGACGAAGAGCAAGUUCGAAGAGGAGGUGCUGGAGAAGCUCACACAGGAUAUCGAUUCUUUGAAGCACAACAAUGCCGAGAAAGACCAGCAAUGGGCCCGUCCCAGCCUCGACACAUUCAAUGAGAAGACGGACACGGUCAGCUUUCAGUCCAUUGACGCCGAGGAAGGAACACUCCAUGGUGGCAAGGCUACGGUCAAGCUCUUUGGAGUGACAGAAGCCGGCCAUUCGGUGCUGCUCCACGUCACUGACUUCCUCCACUACCUUUACGUAGCUGCUCCGAUUGCUUUCACCAAGAACGACUGCGAGCCUUUUAAGAUCUUUCUGGAAUCGAAUCUGGCUCAGCAUCAGGCUGCCAUUCACUCGGUGCAGUUGGUGCUGCGAGAGAACCUGUUCGGCUUCCAAGGAAAUCAGAAGAGUCCUUACCUCAAGAUUACCGUCACGGACCCCAAGUUCAUCAACAGGCUCCGCACAGCGGUCGAAAGCGGAAAUGCAAACUACAAGGGCAUGUGGAAGGUUGCGGAGGGCGGCAUCCUCACCUUCGACAGCAUUCAGUACGUGCUACGAUUCAUGAUUGACACGAAAAUUUCCGGCAUGUCGUGGGUUUCUAUCAACGCUGGAAAGUACCACAUGAUUCCCGAGAGAGACCGCCACUCGACAUGUCAGAUUGAAGCGUACUGUCAUUAUCGAGAUAUCAUCGCGCAUCCCACAGAUGGAGAGUGGGCGAAGAUGGCGCCGCUUCGCGUUCUGAGUUUCGAUAUCGAAUGUGCUGGUCGCAAAGGUGUCUUCCCAGAAGCCAACAUCGAUCCCGUCAUUCAGAUUGCCAAUGUUGUCACCCGAUAUGGAGAGGAGAAGCCGUUCGUCCGCAACGUGUUCUGCAUGGAUACAUGCAGCCUCAUCGUCAACACGCAGCUCUUCGAAUUUGACGCUGAGGAGAAGAUGCUAAUGGCGUGGCGAGACUUUCUCGAAGAAGUCGAUCCGGAUGUCAUCAUCGGAUACAACAUCUCGAACUUCGACUUCCCGUAUCUUCUGGAUCGCGCAGCCCAUCUCAAAGUUGGACGAUUCGCCUUCUGGUCUCGACUGAAGAACGUCAAGUCGCAGGCUAAGGACACCAACUUCUCCAGCAAGCAGAUGGGCAAUCGAGAUACCAAGGCAACCAAUAUUGAUGGCCGAUUGCAGCUCGACCUGCUGCAGUUGAUUCAGCGCGAUUAUCACCUGCGUAGCUACACCCUGAACUCGGUAUCUGCCCACUUCCUGAACGAGCAAAAGGAAGAUGUGCACCACACCAUGAUCACUGAACUCUACAACGGAACACCAGAGUCCAGACGACGUUUGGCGGUCUAUUGUUUGAAAGAUGCCUACUUACCACAACGAUUGAUGGACAAGCUCAUGUGUCUCGUCAACUACACCGAAAUGGCAAGAGUCACGGGCGUGCCGUUCAACUACCUACUUUCAAAGGGCCAACAGAUCAAGUUUAUCAGUCAGCUUUUCCGAAAGGCCUUGGAGCAACAGCUCGUGGUGCCGAACCUGAAGUCCGAGGCAAGCGACGAGCAGUACGAAGGUGCCACGGUCAUCGAACCCACACGAGGAUAUUACGAUGUCCCUGUCGCUACUCUGGAUUUUGCUUCUCUGUACCCCAGUAUCAUGCAGGCACAUAACCUCUGCUACACGACGCUACUCAAUAAGAAUGCCGUUGAGAAGUUGAAUCUCAAGAAAGAUGAAGACUACAUUGUCACGCCAAACGGGGACCUCUUUGCCACAACAAAAGUCCGGAAGGGUCUUCUCUCCCAAAUUCUGGAGGAAUUGCUGGGAGCCAGAAAGCGGGCGAAAAAGGAGCUUGCUGUUGAGACAGAUCCGUUCAAGAAGGCUGUGCUCAAUGGUCGUCAGCUGGCCUUGAAGAUCAGCGCAAACUCGGUCUACGGUCUUACGGGAGCCACUGUCGGUAAACUGCCCUGUUUGGCGAUCGCCAGUAGUACCACCUCGUACGGCCGACAAAUGAUCGAAAAGACGAAAGAGGAAGUCGAAAACCGCUAUACCAUUGCCAACGGAUAUAGUCAUGAUGCCCAAGUCAUCUACGGUGACACUGACUCUGUGAUGGUCAAGUUCGGACCGAAUGAUCUGGCCAAGACUAUGGAGCUGGGCCAGGAUGCUGCGGAGUACGUUUCGAGCAAAUUCAUCAAGCCGAUCAAACUGGAAUUCGAGAAGGUGUACUAUCCAUACCUGCUGAUCAACAAGAAGCGAUACGCUGGCUUGUACUGGACGAACACGGAGAAAUACGACAAGAUGGACACCAAGGGCAUUGAAACUGUGCGGCGAGAUAACUGCAGGCUUGUACAGACUGUCAUUGAGACGAGUCUAAAGAUGUUGCUCAUCGACCAGGACGUCCAAGGCGCUCAAGAGUAAGCGUCUCCCUUCCUUGCCGCAGGCAACCAAAUUCCUUAUUUUAGAAUUUACUGACCAAGCUUCUUUGCUCUCGUUACAGCUAUGUCAAGGAUACCAUCUCCGAAUUACUCCAGAAUCGUAUCGACAUGUCAAAUCUCGUCAUUACCAAAGCUCUAAGCAAAAGCGAUUAUGCAUCCAAGCAAGCGCAUACCGAACUCGCCGAACGCAUGCGCAAGCGAGAUGCCGGCUCCGCGCCUGCUCUUGGUGAUCGCGUGGCGUAUGUGAUGGUCAAAGGCGCCGCAGGCUCCAAAGGCUACGAAAAGUCGGAAGAUCCCAUCUUCGUGCUGGAGAACAAUCUUCCCAUUGACACGAAAUACUACCUCGACAAUCAACUUGCCAAACCUCUUGGUCGGAUCUUCGAACCUAUCUUAGGUGAGAAGAAAGCCGGGUCUCUGCUUACAGGCGAGCACACACGUUCCAUCUCCGUUGCAGCACCUACAAUGGGCGGAUUGAUGAAAUUUGCGAAGAAGACGGAGACUUGCCUUGGAUGCAAGAAGCCUUUGGUGACCAAGGAAGAAACGGGUGGCGCAGUGGGAGAGGAAUGCAGACCGCGUUUUGCGGAACUGUAUCAGCGUAGUCUGAGCAAAGUGUCGGAACUGGAGGUGCGGUUUGCUCGGCUAUGGACGCAGUGUCAGCGGUGUCAAGGGAGCAUGCACAAUGAGGUGAUUUGUUCGAGUAGGGAUUGUCCCAUCUUCUACAUGCGCAUGAAGGCCAAGAAGGAUGUGGAGGAUGCCGGCAAAGAGAUCUUGCGAUUUGAUCGGGACGCCACGUUGUGGUGA